UCCCGCUCUUCUUCUUGCUUUUGAAGAAAAUGGGAUCUUCAGCUUCUCCAUCUCCGAUGACGAGAGACCAAGAGCAUGAGAUCAUAGUCUCUGCCCUUCGGAAGGUGAUAUCGGCAGAGACCACCGGAGGUGACACGUCAGCACCAAUUUUUACGGCCGGAGAAAUGUUUCCGGUCCCCGACCACGGCCCUUGCCCGCUCUGCCACGCCCAUUGCUAUGGCAGCUGCGCUUUCGGCCCGCAAUAUGUCAUUAGGAGAAGAACAUGUGAGAAGAUGAAGAAGUACAAAGGAGUGAGGCGGAGGCCAUCGGGGAAAUGGGCGGCGGAGAUAUGGGACCCACAAGCAAGAGUUCGGAGGUGGUUGGGGACUUUCCCGACGGCGGAGAUAGCGGCACGUGCGUACAACGAGGCCGCGAGCGUGUUGGAAAAGCGCGGCAGAGGCAGGCAACCCGAGAUGAACGGUGGCGGCAGAGGAGGAGGAGACGAGGAAGAUUUGUGGUCGGAGAUAUUCGACGAGGAAGAGAUGAGGAGUUUGCUCGGGAUGGAGUCAGUAACGGAGUAAAUCAAUCGUUCUCCCUUCAUUUGUUGUUGU